AUGAGGACCGACAAUGAGUAUAAGGCCGGCCCCCAGACGUGUGAAUUUAAAUUGGAAAUGCGAGCCCUCAAGGCGCGAAUCAGCUCGGGCAUGGUUGGCAUGUUGGCAUUGCUGAUGCCGGGGGGUGGGUGGAGAUAUCCGGAAUGUGGCGCGGGAGUGCGGGUGGGUCGACGAGCGGGAUUGAUUUGGAGGCACACCAUGGCACGGCGGAGUCUGAUCGACGGAUGGGAGUCGAAAGAGGAGAUGCUAAACUGUGUGAGGUGGUUCAUUGGUUCUAUAUAUCCCGAGCCGGGUGUCGGCCGUCGCACGAUCUGGUACAACGACCGCGGCCUGCCUGUAUACAUGGCGCAGUCUGUGGAGGAUUACGAACAAUGGUGCGCCGUAAAAAACAACGAAAUCCUCAGUUGGCUAUUGCCACAGGAGCGGGCCGAGUGGAUGUCGCCUUUGGACUUGUCGGCCAGGGUGGACAUGCCGGCGCAGACAGACAUCCUCCGGCAUAUGUUCGAUCUGUACACAGAGGACUUCGGCCAACUAUCCGUUGAGGCCACCGCGUCACCUGAACCCUUUACGCCAAAAAAAGGCAACUGCCGGUCCAUCCCUGGCUUGAUUCUCUGGGCCGGGUUCCGUUACGACGCCCCAUACAUGUGCCUUCGUGACAGGUGGGAGAGGCUCGCCGUGCUCUCGCGUUGGUACCCCGAGGAGGCCUGCGAGGCAGUUCUCAAGGACUUGGAACAACUUACAGACCUACCUGCUCGUCUAAUGCCCAGCCUGUUUGUUCCCACGGCGCUGACAGCAGCCCCCCGCGAGCCGCCGGUGGCGGUCUCGAAGCAGCAGCUCAAUGACACGGCGAGCCUCUGGUGGUUCGAUCCACAAAACGAGGACUCGCCACUUGACAUAAAUCAGAACCGCCGACGCCGCCGAUUGAAUCCGCCCACACCCAGAAUCGUCGAAGAAAUAGCCGCAGACGUCCGCAACUUUGUGAAGGCUCUCCAGAAGCAGCUUCGCCAGACUGACGCAGACAAAAGUCAGGCGACCCCUCGCCCGCCUGGUGGUCAGGUAGCCUGUGCGGAUGAGAUUCGUUACUGGAUGAAGAAGGUGGCAAUUCGACGCAAGGCAAUGCUCAAGGAGCGUUACAAGGUGGCAUACACAGGGUGCAAAGAAUAUGUGGAGGCGGCCUAUUUUUCGGACGAAUCAUCGGGCACCGUGAGGUUUCCGGUAGCUUGUCCGGGCUGGAUGCGGCCGCUGAGCCGCUUGCGGAAUUAUGAGUUACGGCAGCGGGCUUGUUUUGAGGAGGAGCUGGUGCUCGCGCUCAUUCACGGAUGCAUCCGGCUCGAGGCGGUGGAGUCGGGGCACCACUGCUCGUCGCUCGUCGCGGAGCUGGACGACGCCGUUCACGAAGAGGACUGCCCGGAGUUCACCGUCUCCACCGGCCAGCUCGCUUGUCUCUACGAAUGGCACCUGGACGACGUCAUCGAGCGGGUCGCAACUGACCAAGCCCGGGACUACGCCUGCCGCGUGGGAGGCGCCAUCGCUACUCUACUCUGGGACCUAACCGGCGGAGAUCCAGCAGACGGCGAAGACCUAGCUGCCGAAAACCUGACCAGCGCAGAAGCGGACGGCCUGCUACCAAGUAAACGACGGAAACGGGAAUAG